AUGUUUAUUGUACACCAUCUUGACCGACGCGUUUUACAGGUUAGUGUGGUGAAGUCCACAGCAGCGCGAUGUCACGUUCUCGCCGUGUCGUUGGUUGACAGAGAUGAACAACAAACUACGGUUCAACUAAAAAGCAUAGACUGGUCAAUUGGGACUUCUGUGUUAGUUAUUGGUGAAGAUGAUAACACAACAUUAAAAUUUACAGCAAACAUAAACUCUUCGUCAAGUCUUAUGGGCACCUCGCUGUGGAAGCUCAGUAUAUUUCGAGCCAAAAAUAAACGAGGAAUCGGCACUAAGUAUAGCUUUAAUCCCCAGAUUUUGAGUGCUGCACAACAGGCAACACCACUUCUAAAGCGUAGAGGUAGUACACAAAAACUCAGUUUUACUGUGCCAUUUCUUCGCUUUGAUCUCUCUGGCGUCGGUUGUUUCAAAUAUAUAUGCUUGAAAUUAAAUAAGAAUGAUGAUGAUAGUCAAGACUACAGAUUCAUAGAGGGGACGUUAAAUCCAAACUGCAAAAGAAGUGGUUGCUACAAAUCGGUAAACAUUGGUUUUGACGCAAGAGCAAAUGGUACAUUAAAUACCUUACCAAGGCAACCAAACAACGAAAUGACUUUUGAUGUGGACAUAAUUUCACGUGGUCCAAUUGGUAUAACUGGUAAAAAUUCAUGGAAUGUAGCCGUCUAUGCUACUAGCACUUCUGAUGGUAAAGGUACACGUUACAACGAAGUACGACAAGCACUAACUAGUACACAAAGCGCAACAAGACUUAUUCCCUUCACUACAUCAAAAAUUGGUAUCGUGUCAUACAACUUGGAUAUGACUGAUUUAAAUUGCGAGCAAGCACAAUACGUUUGUUUACAUCUCUCAAAAUGUCAAGAAUCGCAAUAUGAUUUCGUGAUCUCUCCAACCAAUGCAAAUUUUGACGAAGAUGAGAAUGCAUUAUAUAAAUAUUUCCCACUAGAUUGUGACGGAGAUGGACAACAAACCUUGGUUCAAAUAAGUAGCAUAGUCUGGUCAAUUGGGACUUCUGCGUUAGUUAUUGGUGAAGAUGAUAACACAACAUUAAAAUAUAAAGCACAAAUGUCAGAAAAAUCAAAGUAUGUUGAGGGCACCUCGCUGUGGAGGAUCGGUAUUUUUGGAGCAGAAAAUAUACAAGGAACUGGCACUAAAUAUAGUUUUAAACCUCAGGUUUUGAGUGCUGUACAACAGGCAACGCCACUACUUUUAAAGAGUAGAGAUAAUAUACGAGAACUCAGUUUCACUGUGCCAUUUCUUCGUUUUGAUCUCUCUGGCAUCGGUUGUGGAAAAUUCAAGUAUAUAUGCUCCGCAUUUGACAAGAAUGAAGAUGCUAAUCCAGAUUAUAGAUUUGAAGAGUCAGCGUUGAAUGUCAAUUGUAAAAAGAGUAGCUGUUACAAUUCUGUAAACGUGGGUUUUGACGCAGAAGCAAAUAGUGCAUUAACUGUUUCACAAAGGCAACUGAACAACGAAAUGGAUUUUGAUGUGAACAUAAUCUCACGUGGUCCAAUUGGUAUAAAUGGAGAAAAUUCAUGGAAUGUAGCCGUCUACGCUACUGACAGUGCUGAUGGUAAAAGUACACGCUACAACCAAGUACGACAAGCACUAAAUAAUGCAAAGAGCGCAACCAGACUUGUUCCCUUCACUACAUCUAAUAUCGGUAUCGUGUCAUACAACUUGAAUAUGACUGAUUUAAUUUGCGAGCAAGCACAAUACGUUUGUUUACAUCUCACAAAAUGUCAGGAAUCGCAAUAUGAUUUCAUGAUCUCUCCAACCAAUGCAAAUUUUGACGAAGAUGAGAAUGCUGUAUAUAAAUGUUUCCCACUAGAUUGUGACGGAGAUGGACAACAAACCUUGGUUCAAAUAAGUAGCAUAUUCUGGUCAAUUGGGACUUCUGCGUUAGUUAUUGGUGAAGAUGAUAACACAACAUUAAAAUAUAAAGCACAAAUGUCAGAAAAAUCAAAGUAUGUUGAGGGCACCUCGCUGUGGAGGAUCGGAGUUUUUGGAGCAGAAAAUAUACAAGGAACUGGCACUAAAUAUAGUUUUAAACCUCAGGUUUUGAGUGCUGUACAACAGGCAACGCCACUACUUUUAAAGAGUAGAGAUAAUAUACGAGAACUCAGUUUCACUGUGCCAUUUCUUCGUUUUGAUCGCUCUGGCAUCGGUUGUGGAAAAUUCAAGUAUAUAUGCUCCGCAUUUGACAAGAAUGAAGAUGCUAAUCCAGAUUAUAGAUUUGAAGAGUCAGCGUUGAAUGUAAAUUGUAAAAAGAGUAGCUGUUACAAUUCUGUAAACGUGGGUUUUGACGCAGAAGCAAAUAGUGCAUUAACUGUUUCACAAAGGCAACUGAACAACGAAAUGGAUUUUGAUGUGAACAUAAUCUCACGUGGUCCAAUUGGUAUAAAUGGAGAAAAUUCAUGGAAUGUAGCCGUCUACGCUACUGACAGUGCUGAUGGUAAAGGUACACGCUACAACCAAGUACGACAAGCACUAAAUAAUGCAAAGAGCGCAACCAGACUUGUUCCCUUCACUACAUCUAAUAUCGGUAUCGUGUCAUACAACUUGAAUAUGACUGAUUUAAAUUGCGAGCAAGCACAAUACGUUUGUUUACAUCUCACAAAAUGUCAGGAAUCGCAAUAUGAUUUCAUGAUUUCUCCAACCAAUGCAAAUUUUGACGAAGAUGAGAAUGCUGUAUAUAAAUGUUUCCCACUAGAUUGUGACGGAGAUGGACAACAAACCUUGGUUCAAAUAAGUAGCAUAGUCUGGUCAAUUGGGACUUCUGCGUUAGUUAUUGGUGAAGAUGAUAACACAACAUUAAAAUAUAAAGCACAAAUGUCAGAAAAAUCAAAGUAUGUUGAGGGCAACUCGCUGUGGAGGAUCGCUGUAAACGUGGGUUUUGACGCAGAAGCAAAUAGUGCAUUAAUUGUUUCACAAAGGCAACUGAACAACGAAAUGGCUUUUGAUGUGAACAUAAUCUCACGUGGUCCAAUUGGUAUAAAUGGAAAAAAAUCAUGGAAUGUUGCCGUCUACGCUACUGACAGUGCUGAUGGUAAAGGCAUCCGCUACAAGCCUGUACGACAAGCUCUAACUAGAAAACAAAGCGCCACCAGACUUGUUCCCUUCACUACAGCUAAAAUUGGUAUAGUUCCAUACAACUUGGAUAUGACUGAAUUAAAUUGCGAGCAAGCACAAUACGAAUAUUAUGGUAAACCAAGAAGGCCAUGUCCCGAGAUGUCUUGA